GCGUCUUUCCAGGAUGCCAUCCGGAUGCUCAACACCCUGCAGACCAAUGCCAGCUACCUGGAGCAGGUGAAGCGGGAGCGCGGUGACCCCCAGGCCCAGCUGGAAGCCAUGCAGGGCUUUUUGGAGAGGAGUGGGCUGAAGGUCGAGGACCUGGAUCGACUGAACAUCAUCCACGUCACGGGGACGAAGGGCAAGGGCUCAGCAUGCGCCUUCACUGAAUGCAUCCUCCGCAACUACGGGCUGAAGACAGGCUUUUACAGCUCCCCUCACCUCGUGCAGGUGCGCGAGCGGAUCCGCAUCAAUGGGCAGCCCAUCAGCAAGGACCUCUUCAACAAGUACUUCUGGCUGGUCUACAACCGCCUGGAGGAGACCAAGGACCCAGCACACGCCAGUAUGCCGGCCUAUUUCCGCUUCCUCACCAUCAUGGCCUUCCAUGUCUUCCUGCAGGAGAAGGUGGACCUGGCAGUGGUGGAAGUUGGCAUUGGCGGCACCUACGACUGCACCAACAUCAUCAGGGCGCCGGUGGUGUGUGGGGUCUCCUCCCUGGGCAUCGACCACACCAGCAUCCUGGGGGACACCAUGGAGAAGAUCGCCUGGCAGAAGGGGGGCAUUUUUAAGGCCGGGGUGCCGGCGUUCACCGUGGCGCAGCCGGAGCGGCCGCUGGAGGUGCUGAGGGAGCGAGCGCGGGAGCGGAAGUGUCCCCUGUACCUCUGCCCGGAGCUGGAUGACUUUGAGGAGGGCUGCCGGGCGCUGGAGCUGGGGCUGGCAGGCUCCCACCAGCGCUCCAACGCCGCCCUGGCCCUGCAGCUGGCGCGGACGUGGCUGCAGCGCCGCGGCUGCCAGGGUCUUGGGGAGCUGAAGGAGGUGCUGCCAAGCCCCGAGCUGCCGGGGAGGCCAGUGCCGCUGGCGCCUGCCUUCCGACUGACCGACGCCAUGAUCCGAGGCCUGCGGGACACAGAGUGGCUGGGCCGGACUCAGGUGCUCUGCCAUGGCCCUGUGACGUGGUACCUGGAUGGAGCUCACACCACCAGCAGCAUCCAGGCCUGUGUGCGCUGGUUCCGCCAGGUCGCCCUCAACCAGGACAAGCCCCAUGAUGGUUCUGAGGUGCGUGUGCUGCUCUUCAAUGCCACAGGCGACCGGGACACGGCGGCGCUGCUCAAGCUGCUGGUGCCCUGUCACUUUGACUAUGCUGUCUUCUGCCCCAACUUCACGGAGAUGUCAGUGGCCAACAACGCGGACCAGCAAAACUUCAACGUGACUCUGGAGAACGCCCUGACGCGCUGCCUGGAGAACCAGCGGACAUGGACGAGGCUCCUGGAGGAGAAAGUGGGGCAGGACCCCUGGCUGCCAUCUCCCCUGCGGGUGGGGGGGCUGCUGCAGCCGUCCCCCGCCCGAGGCUCCCUGCUGCUGGUGCCCCCAGCCCCACGGCCCCUCAAUUCCCCAGCGCUGGUGUUCCCGUGCCUGGCGCAGGCGCUGCGGUGGGUGGCGCAGGGCCGGGACCCGCGGCUGGCAGCCCCCGCGGCCUCGGGGGCUCACCCGCACCCCGCGGCCAGCAGCGGGGCCGUGCUGCUGCGGGAGGCGGCCGCCGUGCGGGUCCUGGUCACCGGCAGCCUGCACCUGGUGGGGGGAGCGCUGCGGCUGCUGGAGCCCGCGCUGUCCCAGUGACGCUGUCCCGGUGACGCUGUCCCGGUGACGCUGUCCCGGUGACGGCCGCGGGGCUCCGCGCCUCUGUUUACAUCAAGCACCGGCCUCGCCCCCGGUGAUGGCAUCUGGAGGGGGAUGUGGGGCUCCCCACCCCAUCCUGGCUUGGCUGUUUUCACCCCAGUGCCUUCUGCCUGUGCCCUUCCCGGGACGCUGUCCAUGGGGGGAUGCCCCUGGUCUCCAUCCCUUCCCUAGUCAGGCUGACUGGGGGGACCCCCAGGGUUUGGGGGGCUGCCCCAGGCUGUGAUGAGGUCCAGUGCCUCUGGUAGGUGGGAGCCUCAAGCUGUGGCAAGGCUCAGCAUCAGGGCACAAUUAAUUUAACAUAGGGAAGGUUUUUAUUAUUAUUGAUAAGAGUUUGUAACUUGGACGGGGAGGUGGGGGGAGUGGUGGGUUCUGCCCAUCGUCCUGUGGGAGGGCAGCAGCCUUGCACCAUCCUCCGCAAAUAAACCUCUUGCUGCUCCCA